UUCAGUCAGUGAAACUGGAGGGUCAGUGAACAGCCAGUUUCUGACAUGAAAGAAGGAAACUAGAGUCAAUUGAGAAAAGAGGCAAUAGAAACUACAGCAGAGGAGCAUAACAAAGAUCAGAUUUUCACCACCGCACUUUUCCACAGAGAAGAGAUGGAGUACAAAGUGACAGUGGCCACCGGGACCUCAGAAUAUUCGGGAACCAAUAACUAUAUAUACGUGACUCUGGUUGGAGAGAGAGGAGAGAGUGAGAGAACCGUGCUGGACAAUCCAGGCCUAGACUUCUGCAGAGGAGCGGUGGAUGAUUACACAGUUAAAAGUGCUGCUGAUUUGGGUCCCCUGAUACUGGUGCGCCUGGAGAAGCAGAAGUACUGGGUGGAGGAUAACUGGUUCUGCCGUUAUGUUAAAGUCAGUGUACCUGGAGAAAGAUGCAGCUAUACUUUUCCCUGUUACCGUUGGCUAGUGGGAGAUAAAGUGGUAAUAGAGCUCAGAGAAGGCACAGCCAAAAAGAUCAGUGAUGACACCUUGCCACUGGAGAUAUCUCACAGAACGGCAGAGCUUCUGGAGAGGCAGAAAAUAUACAGAUGGCUUGCAUGGGCCCCCGGCAUUCCAAAAUGCAUUGAUGCCAAGUCAGAGGCUGAUCUCCCGCAGGACGUUCGCUUUGACAACGAAAAGCGCAGUGACUUUGUGGGAUCCCUUCACUAUGCGCUUUUGGAGCUCUCUCUGAAAAAACUGGCAAUCAAGUUCGGAAAGUCCUGGAAUGACCUGGACGACUUCAAAAGGAUCUUCUGGAAGCUAAGAAGUCCCAUAGCUGAAUACACCAUGAAGCACUGGAAAGAAGACAGUUUUUUUGGUUACCAGUUCCUCAACGGCUCAAACCCAAGAAUGAUUACCAGGUGCAAGGAGCUGCCGUCGAACUUCCUUGUCAUGGGAGACAUGGUGCAGUCUUCUCUUAUACCUACAACAACUUUGAAGGAAGAACUCAUGAAAGGAAAUAUAUUCCUGGUUGAUCAUGCAAUAAUGGAUGGGAUUCCUGCCAAUGUAAUCAGAGACCAGGCACAGCACAUAGCUGCCCCGCUUUGCUUACUAUAUGAACAUCCUGAGAAAGGUCUCAUUCCCAUCUCCAUACAGCUUGAACAGAAACCUGAUAAGGACACACCCAUAUUUCUACCUAGCGAUCCACCUCUGGCCUGGUUAUUGGCAAAGAUGUGGGUUCGUCACUCUGAGUUCCAGGUCUUUCAGUUGUUAUCACAUCUGUUACGCACACACUUGGUGGUUGAAGUGAUUUGUGUGGCCACACUCCGACAGCUGCCUGCUGUUCACACUAUAUAUAAGCUCUUGGCUCCACACCUGAGGUAUACACUUGAGAUUAACUGUCGUGGCAGAACACAGCUGAUCUCCCCAGAUGGCAUCUUCAAAAGGGUGGUAUCAACAGGUGGAGAUGGACUCUUGAUUCUGGCACAGAGGGAGUAUGAAGUAUUAACCUAUCGCUCCCUCCAGCCCAAAUUUGACUUCUUGGACAGAGGAGUUGCUAAACUAAGAGACUAUUUCUACAGGGACCAUUCUCUGAUGCUGUGGGAUGUCAUUCAAAAUUUUGUUUCAGGAAUAGUUUCCCUGUACUACAAGAGUGAUCAUGAAGUUGAACAGGACUCAGAAAUUCAGGCGUGGAUUAAUGAGGUGGCUGUGGAGGGCUUUGUGGAUGUGCCACAUUUUGGCCUAGCUAGUGAGCUGAAGACAAAAGAAGAACUCAUCACACUGUUAAGCGUGGUGAUCUUUACCAGCACAGCACAACAUGCUGCCACCAAUAAUGGACAGUUUGAUUGGUGUGCAUGGGUACCCAAUACGCCCUGCACAAUGCGGCACCCUCCACCAACAGAUAAGGAUGCUGUCACCAUGGACCUGAUCAUGGACACACUCCCCGAUAUCAGCCAGUCCUGUCUGCAAAUGGCCAUCACAUGGCAUUUGGGCAGGGCACAGCCGGAUGCAAUUCCAAUGGGCCAGUAUGUGGAACAGUACUUUACUGAGCCUGCUGCUUUGAAAGUGAUUGAUAAAUUCAGAAAGGAGCUGAAAGAACUGGAGGAGCAUAUAAUAGCUCAGAAUGAGGGACUAGAACUGCAGUACCUUUAUCUGUGUCCAAGUCGCAUGGAAAAUAGCAUCACCAUUUAGAGAAAACGCUCAUUCUACAUUUAUGAGUAUAAUUAUGUGUCUGUGAACAUUUUCGUGCGUAGGUCAGCUAAAUCUUAAAAUUAGCACACAUUCAAAUAACACCCAAAGUACCUUUCUUAGCUAUAGCUGAGGCUAAUACUUUUCUCCGGAACGUCAUCCCUAACAGCAGAAAUACUGUGACAUAAUUAUG